AUGGCCAAGGGAAAAAACAAAGCCAGUGAUGGUAGGUCCUCACGCCCAAGUAAAGGCGCUAAUGGUCACAGCUCAAGAUCAAAUCACAAACGCAUGGAAAUGAAACAUUCUGGUAGUGGAGCAGGGAAUAAUUUCCCCGUCAAACUCGCGAUGUGGGACUUUGAUCAGUGCGAUCCUAAGAGAUGCAGCGGAAAGAAACUCGAAAGGCUCGGAAUAAUCAAGUCACUGAGAGUUGGUCAAAAAUUUCAGGGUAUAGUCGUAUCCCCCAAUGGAAAAGGUGUUGUGUGCCCGAACGAUAGACAAAUAGUCGAAGAGCAUGGGGUAGCUGUUGUUGAAUGCUCAUGGGCUCGUCUUGACGAAGUGCCAUUCCAGAAAAUUGGUGGGAAGCACGAAAGACUUCUGCCUUAUUUGGUAGCUGCAAACCAAGUAAACUAUGGUAGACCAUGGCGACUGAACUGUGUGGAAGCCCUAGCUGCAUGUUUUGCAAUUGUAGGAAGAAUUGAUCUUGCAAGUGAACUUCUUUCCCACUUCUCAUGGGGCCUCGGAUUUUUGGAAUUAAAUAAGGAAUUAAUCGAGGUUUACCAGAAAUGCACUGAUGAGCAAUCUGUGAAAGCUGCUGAAGAGGCAUGGCUGAAGAAGCUCGAACAAGAGGCAGAAGAGCGCAAAAAAAUGUCAUCUUCAGAAGACAUUUGGCUUAUGGGUAACGUUAAUAGGAAGACCGAAAACGUAGGAAGUGAUCAAGAGAGCGAUGAAUUAGCAACGGACAGAGAAGGUUCCUCCGUUUCAGAAUCUCCUAAAUUCGAUAGUUUGGGAAAUAUUAUAGAAUCAUCCGAGCAUUUAGAAACGCCUGAAAAUGAAACUCGGUAUGAUUCUUUAGGAAAUAUAAUUGAAUAA